AUAGAGCAGUGAUCUCAGCAACGAAAUCUGAACUUUUAUGCUAUCAGAAACUAACUGGGACUGAGUGAUUUUUGGGGGGUUUUUGGUUUUUUUUGUGGCCAAAGUUUUUAGCAAGGUAAUGUCUGUGAUUUCCACCUUCUCUUCAUAUAGAUGUUAAAAUGAUGAAACUCUCUCUCCUUCUGGAAUUCAUUGCAGUCAUGACAUCUCCUCUGGUCCUGUAUAGAAUGUACCGUGCAGCCUGUUGCUGAACUGUUAUGACAUGUCUCUAGCAAUCAGAAAGAGAAGCUGGGAAGAACAUGUGACCCAGUGGAUGGGCUUGCCUUUUAAUUCUGUUGAGUAUAAUACAGCAUGUCAUCAUGGACUUGUAGCUGAUAACUUUCAAGAAAGUAUGGAAAAAGAUGAAGUUUUGAAUGUGGACCGGAAAGAAAAAUGUGUUUCUUUACCAGACUGCUGUCAUGGUGGAGAACUGAUUGGCUUCCCUGCAAAGCUGCUUAGCAACAUUUCAAAAGAGGUGGAUGAAAAUGAUAACCAUGAGGAUGAGGAGCAUUUUCUUUCUUUGGAGGCCAGCACAGAAACUUUGGUCCAUAUUUCUGAUGGUGAUGACGACGAUGUUUCAAAUCUCUGUUUGGAUAAAGUUAACCACCAGUUCACUAUUGGAAGGAAACUAACAGAUGAAGAGCAGAGUUUAGGAGGAGCAGGCUCCUUAACAAAUAUGGUAGCAAUGAUUAAAACAAACAGGGAAUCUAACAUUUCUGAAACAAUAGGAGAUAUUGAUGAACCUGACUAUGACACAGUCCCCAACGAAGAGAAGGAAGAAGAGGACAUUUGUGGCAGUAUUGGGAAAACCCUGGAGCUUUGUAAUUAUAAAGGCUUAAAUGAAGUAAUAGAUGCCCCAAGAGAAAAUCUCUCCAGUUCUCUGAAUGUGAAGGAAAUUAUGCCUGAGAAACAGCUGCUUCAUACUGCUGUAAUUGCACAACAGCGUAGGAAAUGUGAUGCUCCUAAAGAUGGGCAUGAAAAGGCUGACUAUAAUGUGGUCCAGGGUGAGUUUUCUCCUGGUCUGUAUACUGGCAGUGGUAGACAACCAUUCUCAAAAGCAGACUCCAGCAACUACCUUAUGCAAUCUCCUCUCAGUUCCCAUAUAAUGUCAAUGGAAAAUGGACUGGAUGAAAGUGGUUACACAGAACCUCAAGUGGUUCCUGAAAAAAAAUGCCUUACAAAUAUCAGUCCAGUGGAAGGCACGCAAUGUUUACAUUUGAAGGAUAAUCUGUCCACCCAUGAAUCUACAGACAAUCAAGUGAAACUGCGCAAAAGAAAGGAAAUGAGAGAAGAUCGAGAUCGGUCACGAUUGGACUCCAUGGUGCUGCUAAUUAUGAAACUGGACCAGCUCGAUCAGGAUAUUGAAAAUGCUCUCAGUACAGGCUCUUCACCAUCCAGCACCCCAACGUACAAACGGAGGCAUAUACCUGAUUUGGAAUCUGGCUCUGCAAGUGGAGCAGACGUUGUUUCAAUAAGUCACUCCCAAACACACUUGCCUCCUGAUAUCCAUGCUGCUGACCUAACAUCUCCAUGUCCAAUGGCUGGCUCUGGAGCUAAACCCAAGGCUGGGGAGAGAUUUUUGGAGUGGGAACCAAGACCGAGGACAGGGCUAAAGCAGUGA